AUGUCAGUGCAGGGGCUGGCUGCGUGGGCCCCCGCCACCAGACUCCGUCGGGCUCGCGCCUCCCUGCCCGCUGAGGGGAGCGCAGUGCGGCAUGCCGAGGCGCUGCUGGCGGAGGAGGAGGCGGAGAAGGAGGCGGGCGGGCGCGACAAGGAGAGCAAGAAGGGCAAGAAGAAGAAGAAGAAGGGGAAGGGCGGCGGUGGAGGCGCUGGGCCUUCGCGGGAGCCCGAGGAUGAGGCAGCGCUGACGGCGGGAGAGAUGGCGGAGUUGGCGGCGGCGCUCGAGGAGAGCGCGAGGCUGGAGGAGGAAAGGCGGGCGCCCGACGAGCAAGCGUCGUCCUCUUUGGCUGCAGAGAGGCCGCUUUCGGUGGAGGAGGAGGAGCCGCCGGCCGACUUCGUCUGCCCAAUCACGACCGAGGUCAUGAGUGACCCGGUGAUGGCGGCGGACGGGCAGUCGUACGAGCGGACGGCGAUCGAGCGCUGGCUCGCGACCAAGUCGACGAGCCCGCUGACCGGCGAGGAGCUAGAGUUCACUCGGCUCUUCCCAAACCACACACUCCGCCGGGUGAUCCGACAGUGGCAGGAAACCGCUCGCAGCUGA